AUGAGUGAGGAAGAGGAUUUUACAAAGCUUUCGUUAAAGCAGAGGCUAUCGCAUAAGUCAUGGAAAGCAAGACAAAGUGCUUAUCAGGAAUUGGGAUCUACGUUUGAGAAAUGCUCGUUGUUGAACAUUCCCAAUGAGGUUUCGGCGUAUUGGGAGUACCCGGAACAGUUCAGUAAGUUUAUUGUGGAUUCGAAUGUUGUAGCACAAGAAAGUGCGAUUGGGGCGCUACAUACUUUAUUGGGCUUUAUGGCUCAGAUGGCCGAUUCAUUACCGGAUACGUCAUUGCUACGAUCAGAGUGGAUACCUCCUUUGGUAGAGAAGGGAUUGAGUUCCUCUCGGGCUGGUACUAAGACGAAGUCGUUGGAAAGCAUAUUAUUUUUGGCAUCUUUUGACAACAGUAUUAGAUCUACGAUUGAGCUGAUGUUACCAUUCACCGCUAAUAAGCUGCCGAGAUUGGUGAGUAGUUUGAUGAAUGCGCUAGCGAAACUUGUGGAGUCGUUUGGAUUUAUAGGUGUGAAGAACGAUUUUUGGCCUGAGGUUUUGAACCCAUUGCCGAAGUUGGCUGGCCAUGCUGAUAGAAAUGUCAGAUCUGAGACUAUGAACUUCAUCCUAGAGAUCUACAAGUGGGUGGGGAAAGAAUUCUUGGAAAGUCUACUCUUAGAGAAGUUGAAGCCUAUCCAACAGAAGGAUUUGGACAAGCUUUUUGCUCAAUACGAUGGUACGAUACCUCCUGCGUCACAGCCUAGGCUAUUCCAUUGGCAGAUUCUUAUGCAGCAAGAAACCGCCGUUGCUGGGGUUGAUGGAGAUGGGGACACCUUAAUGGGCGACGCCUUUGCUAACAGUGGGAAAACCAUAUCACCAGUGGUGAUAGAUGGCUCCGCGACAGCUGUAGCUGACCCCUACGAUCUGUUACCUGUUGUCAGUAUUAUGAAAAACUUUCCUCCGGAUUUUGAAGCGCAGACGAAGUCCCCUAAAUGGAAGGACCGUGUCGAGGCGCUACAAAAGGUCUAUGACGAAAUACUAAAACCAGCCAAAAAAUUAGAUCAAUCGGAUGACUAUUCGUUAUACAUUCGCAUAUUGGUUCAGAUACUUGUAAAGGAUGCUAACUUGCAGGCUGCCACCACCGCUGCGAACUCUGUUGCACAUUUAGUGACAUGCUUAAGAGAAGGAAUUGCCCCAUACGCGCCUUCUGUAUUAGAUGCCCUUUUACAAAGAACAAAAGAGAAGAAACCGUCAGUUAGUGAGGCCGUAGGAGAAGCCCUAGAUCUAGUAUCAAAAUACCAUGGUGUAGAUAACUGUUUAGAAUGUGCGGUUGAAUACAUGAAUCACAAGAUUCCUCAGGUUAGGUUGGAAGCCACGAACUUUUUGACAAGGAUGCUACAAAAAGAAUGGCGGCAAACUAAAAGCAAGUUGAAAGAUGAGGCUAUUGUUAGAAUGUUGCCUGACAUUGUUCCAGCAAUUGUGAAGGUUGUAAAUGAUACCCAACCAUCUCUGAGGGACUCCGGGUUUGAAUGUUUUGCUACUAUGAUGAAGUUACUGGGAGAAAAGGAAUUUAGCGAUGCACUUGAGAAAGUAGGAAGUCAAAAGAAGAAAAAGAUAUAUGAGCAUUACGAAAAGGUUGUUCUUACCGCUCCUCCGGUGGUACCUGCCAUCACUAAUAAUCACCCUCCACCAUCCCAUGCGCAACAUGGUAGAACGGCUAAGCUCACUAACACCUCAACGACUAUGAAUCACGCUAAAUAUAAUCCCUUAGAGAAUCGUUCGUUAACACACCAAGAUUCUUCUCAGAAGCUGAAGUCUCCUUCUUCAUCUAUCCCGAUUAAGCGAGGCCCCAGUUCACCAUUAAAAGAUAAAAAUCAAUCUAAAGGAAAUGCCGGUGCAAAACCUCGCCUGGUGGGACGCUCUGCAAACCACCCUGCUCGAGGUACGCAAUUUACUUCGAGUUCGUUAGCCCCGCCUCAACCCGCCAAUUCACAAGUAUCAGCCGCAUCAGCCGCUUUAAUGACAGAAUUGGAGGAGCUAAGGAACCAGAAAGCAAAAUGGAACAAGGAACGUCAAGAAUUGGUAGCUAAACUGACCAGUUUCCAAACCCAAACUUCCCAAUUGAAUUCAGAAAACCAAAUGUUGCAGAAUCAAUUGAAUGAUUUUCAAAUGACAUUGAAUGAGAAAACCAUGACGCUUCGUUCCAAAGAUUUGCAGAUAACGAAGCUCAAAAAUCGUCUUGCCACUUUAGAGAGUGAAUUAGAUGCUAUGUUGACCGCCUCAAAUAUACCCAACACCCCAGCGAAAACUGUACUAGAAGGUAUACACUCAAUAUCACCAUCACGUAAUGGUAGCGUCAAUGGGGAGAGUGUCUAUGGCGACAUCAAUCAUAGUGAUCCAUGUAUUAGUAUCCAUCCACAUAAUCCUCAGCAAUCAAGGAAAACAUCUGGGGGAUCCCUACGUAUCAAUACCGGCUUGACGAGUAGGUUUUCUCCGUUAGCGUCAUCUAUACUGGUUGCAACAUCCAGUGAAUCUAACGAUGACUUACAAAGGCGCGUAAACUCUCUUCACAUAAUGGACACUUCGAAUGCUGUUGCGGGUAGCACACCCACUAAUGGUAGCAGCACUUCCUUCUUUAGUGAUGAGUCUUGGAAGCGUGCAGCCGAAGUUACAAACCAAUUGAAGGCCCGCAUUGAAAGAAUGAGAGCAAAAACGCGGGGUUUAAACUUGGACGCAGAUGAUGUCUAA